AGGAAGUGUAAAUACACCUUUUUUCCACUUGGUCAUACUGAUAAAUAUUUGUAGAAAAGAGAGUUUUAUGCAUCUGUCGUUUGUAUGAAAUAUGUCGUUUGACAAUGCUUUGAUAGGGAAAUUAUUCUGCAGAAAAAGAAACAGACAAAACAAGAAGUCGGUCAUAAAAAAUGUAAUUUGACUAAAUAAAGGUCAACAUUAGGAAAGACAUGGAGGUCCCUGGAAGAACACAAGGCAGCUCACCCAAAUAUAGUGCAGGAAAGUCUUUGAGAAGACAAAGAACAAUAUUUUGCCAACCAUGUAGUAGUGACGGCGAUACGACGGUUGCCAUUCGAUACUGUCAAAAUUGUAACGAGUAUUUAUGUGCAGUAUGUCUUAAGGCCCACCGCAAGCAAGCCGUAUCAAAAAAUCAUAUUCUUAUGGAUGGAUACAAUAUGCCUAACGUAGCACUUCCGACUGUAACCCCAAAUGAAAUAUGUACCAAACAUAAAAAUGAAAUAAUUAAAUAUUUCUGCAUUUCACAUGAUGCGGUGGGUUGUGGGGAUUGUAUGAUCAUUCAUCAUAAAUUCUGUAAAAUUGAUCGUAUACAAGAUAAAUGUACAGACUAUUUCGAUGGCACAGAGCACCAAAACAUCUUAAGAAAGGUAGAGCAGUUUGUAAAAGAUAUUGAUGAAAUAAAAAGGGAGCUACAAGCCAGUGAAGGAAACGUGAGACAAGCCUAUGCAAAAGCAAUUAAAGAUGUUACAGCAUUCAAGAAGGAAAUCAUCGAUUACCUUGACGACGCAGAGAGUGAAAUGCUUGAACUGAUAAAGGAAAGGAAAAGGAAGACUGAAAUGCUGAUAGAGGAUAAAAAGCAAGCAGAAAAUUGCAUUGAUAGAAAUAUUAGAGAAAUACAGACACAAUUACAGCUACAGGUAAACCAAGCGAAUGAGUUGUUUGUUGGGGCAAAACAAAUUAUGGCAAAACUGAACGCUAUUGACGAAAACCUGAAUAGAUUGAAAAACGACACAACCAUUGAUGUGUAUAAGUUUCAACGAUCUUCCCACAUGGAAAAUAUGGUCAAGUCUUUUGUACCACUUGGUGACAUGUUUGAUAAAACACAACAAAAGAUCGGAAACAAUGAAUCAGAAGAAGAUUGUCUGAUUUCUAGCAAAACAUUCUAGUUUAGAUAGGAAAAGCAUAUUUGAUAUGGACGCUUAUUUUGAUUGUGAGAAUAACAUUAAAACACAAGAUGAUGCUUCAGAUUGCUUUAUUGAAAAUUGUGCUCUAUUAUGCUCAAAUCAGAUUAUAGUUACUGAUAGGGAUAAUAAAUGUGUAAAAUUAGUUGAUGUCGUUGACAUAAAAGUUUCAAAGUACAAUCUUAGGUAUUGUCCCUUUGGUGUAGCAGUCGUAAAUCCAAAUCUUGUUGCUGUUACAUUUCCUGAAAAAAGAAAGAUUCAAUUUUUGACAAUAAUAACAGGUAAUAAAAUCAUUGAAAGUCACAUGCUUAAUGUCCAUACCGGUUGUCAAAAAAUUGCAAUAUAUGAAGAUAAGAUUAUUGGUAUAACCGACAAGAGUGUUGAGAUUAUGAGCAUAAGCGGUCAACUGAUAAAAUCUGUAUCUCAACCAAACUUGAUGUGGUUAAUGGAUAUUGCUGUCGUUCCAAGUUCACAAAUGUUUUAUGUCAGUAACAUUUCAAAUGGGCAUAAUACAGUUUUCAAGUACGAUUUUGAUGGCAAUCUGAUAGCAACAUACCAGGACAAGGAUCUGGUAUAUGUGAGAGGAUUAGAAGUAACAAGAGACGGUACAGUGCUUGUGUGUAACUGGGACAGAUAUGGCAGUAUUCACAUGAUAACUCCUGACUGUAAAAAGAUCAAAGAACUAUUAAAGGAUAAUAUACACGUUAGAUAUCCAUAUUGUGUUACGUUCUGUAAUGAAACAAAUAAACUUUUUGUUGGAAACAGUUAUUAUAACCUAGACAAGAAGAAUAAAAAUGGUUUGAAAGUUUUUCAAUUAAGGUAGACACUAUUACCACAUAGCAUCACUCGUCUGCUGUAAAACAGAUAUAGCAAAACUGAAAUGAAAUAUAACUAUCAAUUUGAUAUAUUCAAAAUGUUUUAUGCUCAAUAAGGCAUGAACUAAAACGGCAUUAUCUGACCAGCAAAAAUAUAUAUUCCAGACUUUAUUAAUGUUACAUACAUGUAUAUACACAUUGUUACAUAAAUAUUGUUUAUCUAUA